AUGUUCUGGAGAGCACGGCAUUAUGUUCGGAUGCGGUGGUUGGAGUUGAAGCUAGAAACACUCUCUACGAAGCAUAUUUUAAAGACGAAAGCAUCUCUUCUCGUGUCCCGUUUCCACAAGACAGUAAACCAGGCUAGGAGAAGAAGGAAGAGGCUGGCAAAGAGAAUCCGACGUGCAGCUAAAAAUGCACUCAUUGUAUCAUUGCCUGGAGUCACAAAAGUCCAGUUACCACCACCGCCGAACCCUCAGUUGCUUAUUUCCAAUCAUCCCCCUAGCGACCUUGAAUUGGCACUCAUCGCCACCGCAAUCGAGAAAGCAGAGACCGAAUCGAGACGGUGGACGCAUAUCCUCGAUGAGAGGAGAGCUACCGGCCAUUCAACCCGUGCUUGGGAGAUGGUAACUCUCCAUAGGAUAGGACAGGCGAAUCGAUUUGCUAGCCGACACAAGUCGUUGGUUUCACCAAUACGGCGACUUCCUACCGAAAUCCUCCAAGAAAUUUUUAUAUGGUUCGCCAAAACUACUGUGGGGUCUGCUGCCCCCAGCUGGAGAUAUAAUAAUACACUCCCUUGGGUUCUCGGGCAGAUAUGCAGUCCAUGGAGGUCGGUCGCUCUGAAUACAACUGCUUUGUGGGUGAAAUUCCCAGCGAUUACUUUGAAGAACAAAAGUAAAAAAACCAACAUGCAAAUUCAGUAUCUCAAUGAACUCCUUCGUCGUUCGAAAGACGCACUGCUUGAUAUUUCGAUUUACUCGAAGUCUUUAGGUGGGCAGAGGCAUAGCGUAAUUGACCUUCUCUGUCGACAUGCGGAGAGAUGGAACUCAGCAUAUCUCUCUUUGCCAGCCCAAGUUUUGGUUGCAUUCCAAUCGAUAAGAAGUCGACUGUCGGCGCUUCAAUCGUUGACUUUGUUGACGCCUAUGGUUAAUACACUCCCUGGGCCCAUCGAUCUCUUUGAGGUGGCGCCAGUUCUGAAAAAAGUUGCUGUGGCGAGGCCCUUAUUUGGGGAUGAUGUGAUUCUGCCAUAUGAGCAACUUGUUCACUAA